ACUGUCCCGCACACCAAUGGCGCGGCGGCCCCCGGCCUCUUGGUUCCCGGCGAUUGGUGUCUCGGGCCGCCGCGCUCCACCCCAGCCCGCCAUGGCGUCAGGCGCCGCGGCCCCGGGGAGGUGGCUCCCACUUUAAGAAGUGAAGUUUUGCGCCCCCUCCCCCUCCCUGCCCACCUCCUGCAGCCUCCUGCGCCCCGCGGAGCUGGCGGAUGGAGCUGCGCAGCGGGAGCGUGGGCAGCCAGGCGGUGGCGCGGAGGAUGGAUGGGGACAGCCGAGAUGGCGGCGGCGGCAAGGACGCCACCGGGUCGGAGGACUACGAGAACCUGCCGACCAGCGCCUCCGUGUCCACCCACAUGACAGCCGGAGCGAUGGCCGGGAUCCUGGAGCACUCGGUCAUGUACCCGGUGGACUCGGUGAAGACACGAAUGCAGAGUUUGAGUCCAGAUCCCAAAGCCCGGUACACAAGUAUCUAUGGAGCCCUCCAGAAAAUCAUGCGGACUGAAGGCUUCUGGAGGCCCUUGCGGGGCGUCAACGUCAUGGUCAUGGGUGCAGGGCCGGCCCACGCCAUGUAUUUUGCCUGCUAUGAAAACAUGAAAAGGACUUUAAAUGACGUUUUCCACCACCAAGGAAACAGCCACCUAGCCAACGGGAUAGCUGGGAGUAUGGCCACCCUGCUCCACGAUGCGGUAAUGAAUCCAGCAGAAGUGGUGAAGCAGCGCUUGCAGAUGUACAACUCGCAGCACCGGUCAGCUCUCAGCUGCAUCCGGACGGUGUGGAGGACCGAGGGGUUGGGGGCCUUCUACCGGAGCUACACCACGCAGCUGACCAUGAACAUCCCCUUCCAGUCCAUCCACUUCAUCACCUACGAGUUCCUGCAGGAGCAGGUCAACCCCCACCGGACCUACAACCCGCAGUCCCACAUCAUCUCAGGCGGGCUGGCCGGGGCCCUCGCCGCGGCCGCCACGACCCCCCUGGACGUCUGUAAGACCCUUCUCAACACUCAGGAGAACGUGGCCCUCUCACUGGCCAACAUCAGCGGCCGGCUGUCGGGCAUGGCCAAUGCCUUCCGGACGGUGUACCAGCUCAACGGCCUGGCCGGCUACUUCAAAGGCAUCCAGGCGCGUGUGGUCUACCAGAUGCCCUCCACCGCCAUUUCUUGGUCUGUCUAUGAGUUCUUCAAGUACUUCCUCACCAAGCGCCAGCUGGAAAAUCGAGCUCCAUACUAAAGGAACAGGCUGUGGGAAGGGAUCAUAGAAUCUUUUCUUCUUAAAGUCAUUCUCUGCCUGCAUCCAGCCCCUUGCCCUCUCUUCACAGCUAGAUCAUUUUUUUUUUUUUUUCCCGCAGGGUGCUGCCUAUGGGCCCUCUGCUCCCCAAUGCCUUACAGAGAGGAGGGGACGGGACAGCCGCUCACCGGAAGGCUGUCUGCAGGGACAUCCGAGGCGGUGGUGGACAGGAAAGACUUUGGAAGGGGAGCGAGAAAUUGCUUUUUCUCUUCCUCCCCGGGCAGAAUGUAGCUUUUCUGCUUCACUGUGGCAGCCUCCUCCCUGGAUCCUUAGAUCCCAGAGGAGGGAAGAAAAGUUGCAGUGACUGAAAACAGUAAACAAAAAAAAUUUUUUAUGUACAUAAAAGUUCCAUUACACAGUACAAAAUAGAUGGAUAAUGUUUAUCCUUUAUUUUUCUAUGUAGAAGUUUUUGAAUUUGUGUGUGUGCUUGUGCGUGUCUACACCUAGUAUUGCAGCUGGGACUCUCCAGCUGUUUUUGUUGUUCUUGUUUUGUUUUUAAAUGAGAGGGUUGGAUUCUUCCAUCAGGUGAACGAAAAAGGCACCAAAGUAAUAAAUCACUGAAUGUGACCUGCAGCUGUGUUUAGCCCCGCCAGAUGGAAGUUUCACUUGAAUGUAAAAUAAUAAAGUUUCUAUUUUGAA